CGUUACAGAACACAAAUUAAAAACAGAUCUCAAAAGCUCUUCUAUAUAAUAUUACUUUAUUUCACUUCCUCUCAACAUCUUCCAUUUCCAAAUUCUCCAUACAAAUUCUGUAACCAAAAACAAAAAUAAUGAAUAAUGAAGAGUUAGUUAUUCAAGAUGAGUACGUGUACAAAGAAGAGACUCGACUCACUGUUUUGAAAACAUCUCGGUUCUUCACUGGUGAUGGCUUUGUUGUGUAUGAUUGUAAAGGACAACUCGUUUUCCGAUUCGACUCGUAUGGACCUAACACUCGUGAUAAGGAAGAGCUUGUUCUCAUGAAUCCUCAUGGUCGUUCUCUUCUCACUUUGCGGAAAAAGAAAAUAAGUCUACAUCGGCGAUGGGAAGGUUUUAAAGAUGACAAAAAGAAGGGUGAUAAACCAAUUUUCGAUGUAAGGAGAUUGUCUAUAAUCGGUCGGUCACAAACAAAUGUAAUAGUGGAGAUACAUGAUAUUCCAAGUAUGGUGUACCUCAUUGAAGGGUGUUUCUCGCAACGAUCUUGUAAGAUUUUCGACACUAGAAAGAAGUUAGUGGCGGAGAUUCGUCGCAAGGUGGACCCUGCAACUAGUGUUAUGCUUGGAAAAGAAGUGUUUUUGCUUUGUGUUCAACCUGAUUUUGAUGUUUCUUUUAUUAUGGGAUUGAUUUUGGUGCUUGAUCAGAUUAGCGAUAAAAAUGUCUUUGAUAAUGAAAUUAUUGAGACUCCGGUGCACCCUAUUAUAGAAGAUUAAGGAAUUGUUUAUUCUUUUGUUCUAUUUUGACUAAAAAAAAUUAGCUUCAAAAUCUAGAAGUUUGGAAUCUAUGAAGAAAUUAUUGAGUUAUGUGUUGUAUAUCUAUCGAAUGUUGGACCUAUAUGGUUUCAAAUGCCACGUCACUUAAGGAAAACAAUACACUAAAGGAUUGGUGCAAGUAAAUUGAUGAACAUCUUACUGAAGAGUAAUUCAAUAUUCAAAAGUUGUUGUUAAUCAAAAGAAGAUGCUUCUGAUGUUCUGGUGUUGCUCAGAAGUAGUAGAGCUUCUGAGGUUGAUUAGCUAGAAGUUGUUGUUAGUCAGAAGCAAUAAAGCUUCUGAGGUUGUUAAUCAAAAGCAGAUUCUUCUGAUGUUCUGGAGUUGAGUUUGUUAGCGUAGUUGUUAAGUUUAGUUUGAAGGGUAAUUUAGUAUUUACUAUUUUAGUGAUAACUUGGUUGUUAAGUUUACUCUACUAGGGCCUAUGUGGCAUUUUUGUUUGUAUGUAUAUAAAUAGACUAGUGGUAGUUGUCAUAAAUGUACCAAUCAUUUUUAUCAUUCUUUAAUGAAUAGCA